GGAAGUCCGUAUCAAGCGUGGCUGCAAAGCCUCUGCAGCUUUGCCAAAGUUCUGUCAGAGUUCUCAGGGCAGGCAGGAGACCAGGAUGUGACUUUAGCAAUCCAAGUUAGACUUUGCCUGACUCAAAGAAUGCCAGAAAGCAGAUCCUUUAUAUAGGCCAUGGGGUGUGGCUCCAUGACUCAGCACUUAUCCAGGCCUGCCCCUCCCUUCCUUUUGUUGACGUCGCCUCUCCACUCUCCGGAAGCGUGGGUCCCUCCAGCCUCCAGCUGCCGGUAAUUCCAGCUCGUGACUGGCUUCACACUCCCCAGGCUCACAUGCUGUGGGGGAGGGGCCCAGCUGCUCCGUUUGUCCGGGCAUGGUGCCAGGACUGGGGGCUGGAGACAUGCCAGGACAUUCUUCUGCAUUAUCAGUGUCCGGCAGGAGACGAGAGGGGCCCGGCUGUGGGGGGGGGGAGCGAGCGAGGCACAACAACCGUGAAGCGGUAUAUAAGUCUGAAUGCUUAUUGCUAUUCUCCCUUUUCCUGAUUUUUUUCAUUUAAUUUUUAGGCCGCCUUCUCCGCAACGUCCCAAUUGCAUCAUGAAUGCUAGUUCUACUGCUUUGUGGCUUCCCAAUGCAUCCUUGCCAUCACCCUUGGAAACCGCUUCUGAUCUAAAUAGGUUCAGAGACAUUCUUAAAAUCAUCUUCUACACGGUUAUUUUUCUCCUUGGUUCCUUCGGCAAUGGAAUCGUGAUCUGGAUCACGGCCCGCCAAGUUUCACGGACCAUCAGCUGUGUCUGGUUCUUCAACCUAGCUCUGGCUGACUUCCUCUUCUCCGUGAGUCGUAUAGCGCCUCUUGUAGCGGUGAAGGAAGGUUGGGCCUUUGGGAGCUUUGUGUGCAAAGCCAACGGCUUCAUCAAGUACCUCAACAUGUUCUGCAGCGAGUUUCUUUUAGCCUCAAUCAGUAUGGACCGGGCUGCUUGUAUCGCCUACCCGUUAUGGGCCAGAAAACACCGGAACAUCCACUUGGUAUGGCUUGCAGCCGUCGGAGCUUGGCUCAUGGCCAUCGUCACAAGUAUCCCUUUCUACUUUUACCGUAAAGUGGACACGAAGAACAACCGAACCAAAUGCUUGGUGAUCCUAAAGGGAGAAGAACCAGGAGUACAAGUGACCAUCUACAUGUUGAGGCUGAUAUGUGGGUUCUUGGCCCCCUUCACCAUCAUUGUGGUCUGCUACGGCAUCAUUGUCGUGGUCCUGAGGAGACGUCAGACCUCCCUCCACUCAAAGAAGUCCUUCAAAGUCAUAUUGGCCCUGGUAGUCACCUUCUUUGUCUGUUGGUUGCCCUAUCACAUCACCCAGCUCCUUAAAUUGCUAGGAGCGAAUGGCCCAACCUUCUCGUUUAUUACUCUUGGUGCGGCCUUCCUGGCCUACCUCAACAGUUGUGCAAAUCCAUUCCUUUACUUCUUCAUGAGCGUGGACUUCCACAAAAAGUUGAGCCUCUAUAAUAUCAUCAGGGCACUCAAGGGAACCUUACUGGAAGAGAACAGCCCCCUCAUUAGAAAAUCCACUAGUAGCCAUAAAGGUUCAUUUUUUAUGAGCGAGCAGGCAAUAUCCACAGAAAUCACUCAGUUGCCCUGUGGAAACUCAACCAGUGAAAUUUGAAUUUGUGCGCUUCAGUUGUUGUUACUUUUCCCAGACCCAAGCCACAAUUUUGGACGUGUUGAAGUUUUAAAGGUUUGUAGGUGGAAAGGGCCGACAGAAAGCAGCCUUUUUCCUCAUAAUGAGCUGUGAAAUUGCUUUAAUUGUUUUGCAUUAGUUAUACAGGGUAUAGGAACUCUGGGCAUCCAUGUUACUCAUAUCUGAAAGGUUGAUUUCUUUCAGGCACUUAUUCAGAGGUGGGAUUCAAAUAUUUUAGCAACCGGUUCUCUGCCUGGCUGCUGGGUGGGUAGUUCUGGGAGUUGAAGUCCACAAUUCUUAAAGUUGACAAGGGUGGGAACUUUGUGGCUGCAAGGUUAUAUUCAGUUGUGCUAUUUAUUGUUGAUAAUUGUUAGAAAAUAGGAAAUUGCUCCAGCAAAAAUCUGAUGAGAAGCUUGGGUGUGCAGAAGCUAUUUCUGAUUUUAGGUGUGCUGGGAUUGUUGGGAUGUUUUGCAGUAAAUCUGUCAUUUCACUCCACCAUACAAACACACUCUUAAAUGCAUGUUGCAAAAGAGACUUAACCAACUGUUGUAAAAUCAGCUGUUUAGAUAACGCAAUAUCUGUCAAGAGUUUGACCGAUGCGCUCUUAAGGAUUCUGCAAUGAACUUUCUCAACUUAGCGAACUUCAGAGGAAGGCUCUUCACCUUUGAUUCACCUUUUCCAAGCUCAGUCUCACUUAGCAACAGAAAUGCUGGGUUCAAUUGUGGCCGUAGGUUGAGGACUAUAUGUACCUGGAAGGGACCGUCAGCUUUGAAAGAACGGCACCACACCUCCCAAUUCAAUAUUAUUUCCUAGGCUUGCUUGCUCUGUGUUUCCUUUAGUUUGAAAUGUGUAUGUUUUUUAACUCUUAUGCUGUGAUUUAUAUUUUUAUAUUUUUGUACUACUCUGGGCUCUGUGGAGGAAUAUAGAUUUGUUACUAUAACAACUAGACAACCUGUGACUGGUUG